GCGUCCCUAUCAGGAAGAUCACGUCUUGCCAUUGAUACAACUACAGGUUCUACGUGGCAGACACACUAUGAUUGCCAGAGUGAAACAUGAACAGCAAGUGAAGAUCUACAAUACUGCAUCAUCAUCUGCAUUUCACAACGGCCUGCACAGGCGGUGUGUCUAGAAAGCAUGAGCACGGAAUAGAAACCCGACUGCGACGGCGACGGCCGCAGUACCUCACUGCAUUUCAUCAUUACAGCGUCAUACCCUGCUUGACGUAACAGAUGCUCGCUUCAGUGCUGCAGCCACUGCCACUGCCGUGGCACAUCAUUUGAGGACUCGGACAUGAGGUGAAGUAAGUACAGUACCAACGUAUUGGAGGUGAGUGCCUCUGCUCCCAGCAGCUAGAAUUUGUACUAUAUUACCCUCCCCUUCUCGCGUUUCUGCUGUACAUUUUCAAAUGCCACCGAAGCUUCCAGUUCGAAUCCCUCAACCCAUCCGACUUACUACCAGUACCCAGCGUACAUUCAUCACAGCAGCCUUGACACACCCUCUUCGUCGACCGCACCUACCCUUAACCACGGCUCAGUCUCGUCUCUCAAGUCUCAAACAGCAGUUCUCUACCUCUCCCACCAUGUCUGUCAACUCGCACAACGAAGAAUUCAAGCUCGAGAAGCUGUUCAAUGUCAAGGACAAGGUUGCCCUGAUCACCGGCGGAGGCAGCGGUAUCGGCUUAAUGGCUACACAAGCGCUGGCAACCAACGGCGCCAAAGUCUACAUUUGCGGACGGACAGAAGAAAAGUUGGAGCGUGUUGCUGAGGUCUAUGGCAAGGACAUCCCAGGCUCCAUCAUUCCCGUCACAGCUGAUGUCAGCAAGAAGGAGGACAUCAAGAAACUGGUUGACUUUAUCUCGGAGCGAGAAAAGUGCCUGUGCAUCUUGAUCAACAAUGCUGGUAUCUCUCUGAACACCCAGCAGACCGAGGCCGAGUCUGCCGAGGAAAUGAAGAAGAACCUAUUCGAUGAUCCCAACGAGACCUUUGAGAAUUGGACCGACACCUACCGCACCAAUGUGCCUCAACUCUUCUUCAUGACCACCGCCUUCCUCCCUCUACUCCAGGCUGCACACAAGCACAACGAUAACUUCUCCGGUACUGUCAUCAACAUCUCGAGCAUCAGCGGUAUUGUCAAGACGGCUCAACAUCAUUUCGCCUACAAUGCAUCCAAGGCUGCGGCAAUACACCUCACGUCGAUGUUAGCGAAUGAAGUCACCCAGAACGGCCUCAGAAUCCGCAUCAACAGUAUCGCACCGGGUGUUUUCCCCAGUGAAAUGACGGCCGGAGAAAGCGACGACAAGCAGAAGUCACACAUCCCAAGGGAGAAGUACCAGUCUAAGGUUCCUGCAGCACGCCCAGGUGAGGACAGAGAUAUGGCCAACGCUAUCUUAUUUUGUGCCAGUAACCAGUACCUAAACGGCCAAACGAUUGCAGUGGACGGUGGUUACAUUCUGAGUGCUGGAAGCGGUCCAUGAGUUAGGGUUAGGGUCAGGGUUAAAUGACUUAGGGUCUAGGGUUUGGUGUCCUGGUAUUGAAGGAUUCGAUGAAUGAGAUGAAUGCAACGCGAAUGCGCUGGUUUAAUAACAGUCUAGUGUAUAUGUUUCACUGUAGUGUCUAUAUGGUCUUAUAGUGAACAACUAUUCGAGCAUAUAGUAUUCCCCUACAUAGGUAGCUAGAAAAACGGAAGUGACUUAUGAUUUGCGAUAGCAAUACCGCUA